GGUGGGGGGGGGGGGGGAGAAAUGAUGAAACAAAUGUGUAUCUGCAGAUCAGGUAUAAGCAGGGGGGGGACGGGCGCACUUUGCCUUUUCACCUCCGUCGGCCACGCCCCCCUUUUCCAAUUAGUGCCGAACCCCGGGGGUGAAACCGGAGAACGGAAAGGCAACACCGGGCGUCUGUUCCGUCGCUGCCCCCCUUGUUUAAGGCAGUCGUAGUCCGCCGUCGUUUUCUCCACGGAUGCACAACUCGGGCGCUCAGGACCGCCGUGGUCUGGACUGGAGCGGACGCCAUCGGCACCUCGACGCCGCCGCCGCCGCCACUCGCUGCCACCACUGCGGCACGAUUGCGGCGCGGAGGAACUCGGUCGGGGGCGACGGGGGGGUGUGGGUCAGGCACCCCGAGGAGUUUGCCGUGGCCAAAGAGGACCCGUACGCCGCCGCCGCCGGCAGCGUUGGCGUGUCGGUCUACAGCCGGCCCCAGCCGGCGAGGCACGGCGCUACCGGUCCGAUGCUGCUGAGGAAGAACUCGGUGCCGGAGAUGAGGAGCGGCCUGUACCACGCCGAGACGACGGGCGACUGGGCCCUGCCGCCCGCCAAGGAUUACUACCAGUCCGCCGUGAGCCUGAACCAGCCACCCGAGGAGCCCGGCUUUUAUAGGCCCGGCCAGCAGCUGCUUAGCAGAUCAGCCUCGCAUUACGGGCCAGCCGGAGCUCCUCCUCCUCCCCCGCCUCCCCCUCCGCCCCCGCCUCCACCCCCUCCUCCUCCCCCUCCCCCUUCCGCCCUCGAGCUGAGCCGCCUGUACAGAGAGUCCCUGAGCUCCAGGCUGAUCCCAGACGUGCGGCACGUCGCAGGCAGCUCACCCGCUCCCUCAGUGUACGGCGGACAUCCCUCCUACCCCGUCGUCUACGCCUCCGUCGGCCCGCCCUCGUCCCUCUCCCAGCAGCAGCAGCAGCUCUACAGCGAGCUCCGGGGCCCCCCGCUGGACCCUGGCCACCCCGUCGCCGGCAGCCUCGCGACGGACGCGGCCUCUCAGGGAAUGGACGGAGCCCUGCAGCGCGCCUACGGUGCGGUGGCCUCCCAGAGGCUCCCGUACGACCCCAACUACGACCCCAGCCAGGCCAUGAUGGCGGCCACGGCGGGCAUGAUGGCGGGCAUGCCCAUGCCCGGCGGCGGCGGCGGCGGCGCCGACCCCAAGCGCAUGGUGGACCAGGGGUUCCUGGCCUUCCUGCGGGGCGAGGGCCUGGCGGAAAGCACCAUCACCCUGCUGCUGCAGCAGGGCUUCGACUCCACCGGCAUGCUGGGCAUGAUGGAGGAGCACGACGUGCGCUCGGUCACGCCCAACCUGGGGCAGGCGCGCGUGCUGUCCCGCGCCGUGAUGAACUGCAAGGCGAGCGGCGGGCAGAUGGCGCCGCGGCCGCGCUCCAACAGCUUCAGCCACCGCGACGUGUACCUGCAGAACCAGGGGCUGACCAUGGACAGCGGGCUGAUGCAGCAGCAGCAGCAGCUGCAGCAGCAGCAGCUGCAGCAGCAGCAGCAACCCCACGCCAUGCAGGCCAUCUCCCCCCGGAUGGGCGAGUUCCUGGGCCGGAGACCCAACAGCGCCCCGUCCCAGCACCUGCUGGAGACCACCACCUACGGCUCCCAGCGGCCCCUGACCAACGCCGCGUAUCCCAUGAGCCCGGGGCCGUACGGGAACGCCGUGUCCCUGGCGAGGCCCCUGUACAACGUCCACACGGGCCUCUCCAUGUCCGCCAUGGGGCAGCAGGGGCCCCCGCUCCCGGGGGCCCCCUGCGCACCCAAGACAUUCUCCGGGUCCUACUCGCCGAUGGAGCUGAUGAAGAGGGCCCCCAACAUGGCGCCCCUGUCGCCCAACAUGGCGGCCCCCAGCCCCAUGCACAGCCCCCAGCUGCUACGCAAGGGCAUGACCGGGGCCCCCGACCCCACCUCGGCCCCCAUGGCCACCGGCCCCACCAUGCAGGGGCAGACCUUCAACAAGAUGAUGGGACGACGUACCGGGCCGCCCGUCAUAGUCUCCACCAUGAUCACGACACCGGAGACAAGUAUCCGACCCCAGAUCAUGAACGGACCCAUGCACCCGCGCCCCCUGGUGGCGCUGCUGGACGGGCGUGACUGCACCGUGGAGAUGCCCAUCCUCAAAGACCUGGCCACCGUGGCCUUCUGCGACGCCCAGUCCACACAGGAGAUCCACGAGAAGGUGCUGAACGAGGCGGUGGGGGCCAUGAUGUACCACACCAUCACGCUGACCCGCGAGGACCUGGAGAAGUUCAAGGCGCUGCGCAUCAUCAUCCGCAUCGGCAGCGGCUACGACAACAUAGACAUCAAGGCGGCAGGAGAGCUGGGCAUCGCGGUGUGCAACAUCCCGUCGGCGGCGGUGGAGGAGACGGCCGACUCCACGCUGUGCCACGUGCUGAACCUGUACCGCCGCAACACCUGGCUGUACCAGGCGCUGCGCGAGGGCACGCGCGUCCAGAGCGUGGAGCAGAUCCGCGAGGUGGCGUCCGGCGCCGCACGCAUCCGCGGCGAGACGCUGGGGCUCAUCGGCUUCGGGCGGUCGGGCCAGGCGGUGGCGGUGCGCGCCAAGGUGUUCGGCUUCAACGUCAUCUUCUACGACCCGUACCUGCAGGACGGCCUGGAGCGCUCGCUGGGCGUGCAGCGGGUCUACACGCUGCAGGACCUGCUCUACCAGAGCGACUGCGUGUCCCUGCACUGCAACCUCAACGAGCACAACCACCACCUCAUCAACGACUUCACCAUCAAACAGAUGCGUCAGGGGGCCUUCCUGGUCAACGCGGCCCGGGGGGGUCUGGUGGAUGAGAAGGCCCUCGCCCAGGCCCUGAAGGAGGGAAGGAUACGAGGGGCCGCCCUGGACGUCCACGAGACGGAGCCCUUCAGCUUUGCCCAGGGCCCGCUGAAGGACGCGCCCAACCUGAUCUGUACCCCCCACACGGCCUGGUACAGCGAGCAGGCCUCCCUGGAGAUGAGGGAGGCGGCCGCCACCGAGAUACGCCGCGCCGUCACCGGCCGUAUUCCUGACAGCUUAAGGAACUGUGUGAACAAGGAGUUCUUCGUGUCUUCGACGCCGUGGGGCGUUAUCGACCAGUCUGUCCACCCGGAGCUCAACGGCGCUUCCUACAGGUACCCAGCGGGGGUGGUGGGCGUGGCCCCCGGCGGCAUGCCCGGGGCCCUGGAGGGCAUGGUGCCCGGGGGGGUGCCGAUCGCCCACAGCCUGCCCUCCGGCACCCACCCGUCCCAGGCGCCGUCGCCCAACCAGCCCACCAAACACGGCGAGACGCGGGAGCACCUUACCGAGCAAUAGCCCCGCCCCCUGACCUCCCCC